AUGCGUCCGCGGUGUCCGUGGCAUGCUAUAAUCUUUCUCCUCCACAGACCACUGUCCAUGUCCACCCCAACACGUGCACGACCAGCUAUAGUUACCUAUACGAAGGAUGCAGUAUUGAGGGGGCACGGAAAGUUUACUUUUGCGAUAUCAUCUCGGGGAACGCCACACAGCAUAGGGGGGAGGGGAGCACGGGCAAUUCAAGAACUGGGAGAUUUGUUUUUCGGGGUUCAUCUCACACCCUUCCACGCGCGCAAACUUACCAAUGAUGAAUCAUAUCGCUUUUCCCCCUCCCACUAUACCAAAAGUAAACUUGGAAACCUUGAUCGACUCGGCUGCACCUUAUUGUGA